AUGGUUGAUGUUAAUAGUGUUGGUAGUGCAGGAAGUGGUACCUGGUUACAAUUUUUAAAAGAAAUAAAGAAUGAAAAACCACAAGUAGAGGAAGUAAUAAGUGAUAUCACAUCACUAAGCGACGAUACAAAUUUGGUGUAUUCAACGAUAGAUAGUAGUGUAAAUAAUAGUACAAAUAAUAGUAGAAUAAACGAUAUCAGUUUAAUGGACUGUCAAACAAAUAGCAUUAGUAAUAGAAACAGUAGUAGUUAUUUAAGCAGCAGCCAAAUAAAAGACUUAAGAAAUAGUUGGAUUUUUAACGAAUACCCAGAUAUUUCAGUAUUUAGUUAUGAAAAUAAUGUUAGAAAAUCUUCCUUUUCCCAAUCGGCACCUAAUACACCUUUAAUAGGGUCAGCAAAUUCAAAUAAAGAAGAAAAUGGUUAUUUACGUAAAUUGGCACUAAAAAAGAAUAGAUUUAGUAUGGAGAAUCAAGAUUAUAAUACAUCCUUAAAAUUAAAAAUGGCAUCUGAUGAAAUAGAUAAAUUAAUUUUCUUUUUAAAUACACCAAGAGAAAAUGAAGAUUGUACAAUAGAUUCAGAAAAAUAUAAUAAUAAUAAAAAAAAUAAUAACAUUCAAAAAUUAUCAAUAUUAGAAGAGGAGGAAGAUCAAUUGCCUAUUAUUGAGCAAAGGGAUUUUAAGAGAAUUAGUAUGGGUCUAGAGAAUAUAAAUCAAAAUAUUAUUGGGGAUAAUUUAGAAGGGUUUAUAGAUAUUUCAGAAACUUUUAUGAAGAUGAAAGAAAAUGACUUUGUAAAUAUCAAUCAAGAUGGUGCAAAUAAAAUUACAGACGAAAAAACUAUCAAUGGCAAAAAUCAACAAGAAAAUAAUUUUCUUGGUAAAAUUGAAAUAAUUAAACAAGAUCAUUUAUUUAUAAACAACGAAAUCAAAAUGGAUCCAUUAAUCGAAAUUUCAAUUGAAAGCGAUGUAUUAGAAGAGUGCCCAAUUUGUUGUCUUGAUAUAGAAGGUUUACACAAUGUAUUUACAUUUAGUCCAUGCCAGCAUAGAUAUUGUGUUGAUUGCAUUAGAAAAUAUUUUACCGAUUUAAUAUUUAGACAAAUGGAAAUUCAAUGCCCAGAUCCCAAGUGUGACAGUAUAGUUCAUGAUUUAAAAAUAAAAGAUUUAGUUGGAAACGUUAUUUACAAGAGAUUUGAAGUUUAUAAAUAUUUCAAAAAUACAAAAACCGAUAAUAUAAUAUUUUGUGCCGAAUGUCAGAACCCUAUCCCAUAUAAAUCAUUAGCAACAAUGAGUUCAACUCCUUCAAAGAAUACUGUUUCAUGCGAUUCCUGUAAAGCUGAACACUGUAUAGAGUGUUUUACACUGUCCCAUCCAGAUAAAAACUGCAAAGAAAAUCAAAAGUGUAUCAGAGAAAGUCUAUCACCAGAUGACUUAAAAACUAUAAAUUGCUUUUUAUGUUUAGAACCUCAUGAUCAUAAUUUAAGUAUGCAUGUUCAUGGACCAAAAUAUCAAGAGGAAAACCCAGUAUUAUUAGAUAAUUUAAAUUAUGUUAAUAGAUAUCAAAAGAGAAAAAAGGCAAAAACAAUUGCAAAAAAUGUUUUAAUCGCAGGUGGGGUUAUCGUUGCCGCACCCAUAUGUGUAGCAGCAGCGGCUGUGGCAGCUGUACCAUUGUUAAUUUAUGUUUUAGCCAAAAAGAAUAAGAAAAAGAAAAAGGAUAAACAAAACAUGAAGUAUGAAGAAUGGGCAUCCAACGAAUUUAAAAGGAGAGCACAAAAUGGUCUUGAAAUUUCGCCAUAUAUAGAACAAGCUGCAAUUAACUAUGCUCAAAGAAAAAAUAAAAAAUAGUUAUAAUAAUAAAUAAAAAAUAGUAGUAGUAAUAAUAAAUAAUAAUAAUAAAAAUAAUAAUAUUAAUAAUUAUAAAUAAAAUUAUUAUAAUAAAAUAACCAUCAACUAAUAACUAAUAACUAAUAACUAAUAACCAAAUAAUAUAUAAAAAAAUAACAAUAAUUUCACCACCACCACCAAAUUACAAAAAAUCAUAUUACAUGAAUGUUUAAUAAUUUUUUUACAUAAUCUUAUUGUUUUGUUGUUAAUAUAUUUCAUCUAGAUAAGCUCAAAAAUAAUCAUAACAUAAAAAAAAAAAGCACAAUAAACUAACAAACAACAAUCAAACACAUAAUAACAUAUUAAAACAGCCAAGUAUC